AGCCCAUCACUAGCAGGGAGAUGUUCUUCCUCUUAUGGCCACUCCCAGCCACUCCACCGCCCACCCUCACUUCCCACAGGGUUCUCUGGGGCCCACACACCGGACCACCAGCCUCCCCCAACCAAGAAGUCCGGCAGGCUCCUUCGCGUGCUGGAUCCUCCUCUCCCCUCCUUCUCCCUCCUGCGAAGUUUGCCUUUUUCCGUUAGAAAACAUCCCGGACUGACGCGCAGAGAGUCUUGGGGUGGGCUGCGCCGGCUGCCUCUUGGGCAGGGGGCGGCGGGCUGGGGGAGCCUCCGUUCAACCCUGCUCCGGCAUGCGUGGGGGGGGGGGAGCGGGGGCUCAGGCAAGGGCCAGCCAGGCGCUUGGGCUGGAACCCGGAGGAGGAGGAGGAGGACUGAGCGCCAGCCGGCCCCCGCCUCCCUCCCCACCCGCCUUGGGCAGCAGGCCGGGGGGCCUCUCCCGAGCGGCUGGGCAGAGGCGGCGCGCGCGGGGUCAGCCAAAGGCCAAGCGGCUUCUUCCGGGAACGGCUGCUCCGCCGGGGGGGAUUCCAGCCUCGCCUCCCCUCCCCGCCCCGCCCGCCGCAGCCGAGGAAAUUCCACUCGGAGGAAGCAGCUUCGGGUCCCAGACUCGCCGCAGCAGCAGCAGCAGCUUCAGCGUCUCCUCCGCCGGGCGGGCUGCUGCGCAGGAGGGUCCAGAGCGACCGAGGAGGAGAAGGCAGCGCGCGCCGCGGGACUCUCCAGAGAGGCCAAGAUGUCCACCAGCGCACUGGAAGAGAAGGGGGCUGAGGGGCCCAUGGAGAGGCCAGGUGGACACACCAGCAUCGACAUCACCAUCCUCCAGGAGUCCUCGCUCGCCUACCUGGCCAAGGCCGUGGGGCAGUGCUGGGCAGGGCGGCAGGCAGCAGCGGCGGCGGCUCCCAAGCCAGCCCCCCGGGCUCCAGCCUCCGCCGCCACCGUCUCCGUCGUCGGCAAAGGCUGCGGCAGCGGGGAGGAGAAAGCCCUCGGGGGGGCCCAGAUCCUGCUGGGAGUUGUGUGCAUCAGCCUUGGGGUGCUCGUCCAGCAGGAGAGGUUUUUCCAUGAACGCCUUUGGUCAGGAGCUCCCUUCUGGAUGGGGGGUCUGUUCAUCGCCUCCGGCACCUCGGCCGUGGUGAGCGGCAGACGCGGCAGCCGUUGGGUCUAUCCGGCCAUGGUCUUCCACCUGGCCAGCGUCGUGGCCUGCUGCGUGGCCCUGACGCAAGGCAUCGCUCGCAUCCCGAACCUGAGCAGCUCCUACAGCCUGAGGAAAGACCUCUGUGAGAGCCAGCAGCCCUGGGCCUCCACCCCCAGCUACGACUGGAGGGCGGCUCAGUGCCAGAGCACCUUAUGGAGCCUCCUGACAAUCGCCUUCGCCACUCGGAUUUUGCUGCUCAUCUUCUCGGUGGCCGCUCUCGGGAUCGCCUUCUCCUGCCUCCUCGUGCUGUGCUGCAGACUGAGGGCAAAGAAUAAGAACUACGCCAUCGUGGGGGAUCCGGAGGUGCCUCCGCCCUAUGAGGAUGCGGCCAGAACUGAGAACAUCGCCUGAGCAUGGCCCCGCUCCCCGGGGCCACAUCCUGCGUCCUGCUUGCUAAGUGCCUUUGCUUCUUUGCUGACUGGGCCACCCCGCGCGUGUGAGCCAAUGCCCACCGGCCUGUGCUUGCCUCCUCCGCGCCCUGGCUGGUCUGCCUGGAGCCUCCCGCCAAUAGAAGAGGCUGGCUGGGCGGGCUGGCCCCCUCCUCAGGGUGCCGUGGUGCACAUCCAUUCAUUAAAGUGUCUCUUCUGGAACUGGGUGCGGGUGCCUUGCGUGGUCCUUGCAAACCGGCUGGGAGCCCAGAGCAGCGCCGCAGAAAUGCAGAGUCACCACACACACAUAGGCACAGGCAGCAGCUGCAAGGGCGGAGGGGGGAGGAAUCGAUGGGGGGGCACGCUUUUCUCAGUUGCCCACAGCGCUGGGGAGUGGAAUUGCAGAGAGAACUCUCCACGUGGUCUGAUCACUUUGCCCAGGAGUGGCCAGCCUGAGACAGCCCAGCUGUUGUGGAACUCAGCUCCUAUCAGGCCCUGGUGCUGGCAAUUGCGACAGGGGGUGAUGGGAGUUGUAGUCCAACAGCAGUAGCCUCCGUUUGACAGCCCCUGGCUUAAACGGUGGAUGUUGGGUUUUGUGGCACUGCUCUGUUGCACCUCACUGUGCGCAUCCACAGCAGCCUGGAGGGGCUUUCCCCCGUCUCUGUCAUGAAUCUGUGACCACCACCCUCCAGCCUCCCAGCCUCUUGUCAGCCAGUCCAGGCAGCUCAGCUCCUUCGAGUUCAGAGCAGACGUCUGCAGCAGAGGGUGCGGGGGGGGGGAGGCAUUUCUGUGGCAGGGACGGGGGUGGGAGGCUGACGAGCUGCAGGCGUUGCCCUUGAGCAUGCGCAGAGAGAGGGGGUCCAGGUGUGGAGCCAGAGCUCAGUGGCAGAGGGGCCCCCCCUUAGGCCACGCAGGCUGAACCCCUCCCAUUGAAAAAGCUCUGCUGGGAGACGAUGAUGAGGGAGGCUCCUCUGCUUGGGACCUCUGAGCUGCUGCCAGGCCCAGCAGGCAGAUGUCUGGGGCCACACACAGUGCACGCGCUACACCGAUUCUGGAGGCACUUCACUGGCUGCAGUUCAAGGUGCUGGUUAUUGCCUUUUAAGGCCCCAAACUGCUUGCCCCCCACCCCAGGCACCAGAGGGACCUCUUGGUCCCAGCCAUGGUCCCACCCCCACCUCACCAGAUUGACUGGGGAGGGAAGGCUGCUCCGUGUGCUGACACCUGCUGAGGCCCAUUUGUGGAGCACACAUGACAGGGCCUUCUUGGUGGUUGCCCCCAGGCUGUGGAACUUGCUCACAGUUGAGAUCUGCUUGGCUCCCUCUCUCCUGGCCUUUAGGAGGAAUUGGGCUUUUGGCCAAUGAGUGUCCUGCAGCUCUCUCUUGAAUGCAGCCAUCCUUUGUUUUUGUCAGGUUUUUAAACUGAAAUUUUAUUGUUGUUGUUUUUAACUUGUUGGUAACCACUCUGAGGUUUUAGGACAAAGCGCAGUAUACAGGUAUAACACUAAAAUAAGUAUAUACAUAGAUGCAAGGUGGGAUUAGGCAGGUCAGGGGCCUGACAUGGUAGGAGGCAACUUCACAUCUUCACAGGCCCGUAUGGAUUCUGUCCAGAUGGACCCUGGCCAUUUUUUUGCCCCCACCCCACUCCAGGCUGCUGCUGAACUGGUCCGUACAGGGAGAAAAUGGCUGUGGGUGAUUUCUGCAAAGGCCCGGGUCUAAGGUCAUACUGGAGGCUUGCAUUUUUCUGUGUGUGUGUAUACACACACACACACACACACACACACACACACCCCAUAUGCAGUCACAUUUAUACCACAUAAAGGGCUUCUAUGCUUUUAAAUCAUGGAUUUGUGUAUUUCACUUCGGUUCAGGACUGUUUGAACUUCAUACAGGCCUGUAGCUGUUCUUUUGGAAAUGACUGUGCCCGUUUUGUGUUGAGAGGAUUCUCAGCAGAAGAGAGAAAGCUGGAGCUGGCUUUAGGUCAGAUCCAGGGUUGGGUACGUCGGGCAUUGGGACAUGCCGGCCAAUUCAUUACUAUAAGAUGGCUUGUGUUCUAAAGAACAUACCGCAAGAACACAGAAGGGGCUUUUUCGGCUGAGUGUUGGCCGUUCGCUAUAGUCUUUAAUUUCUUCUAUUAAUUUUUCCCUUCCUUUAAGCUUUAAACUCUAUAAGUUUGAGAUUUUUCUUUUGAUUUUCAUUGAAUCUCCUAUUUUGCAUUUUCUCUUUUGUGGUGCCAAGACUGAUUUGCUGGUUUACCUGGAGUGGUAAGAUAUCGAGCAGACUCUUUAAAAUGUUGAGAUGAUUAAGAAUAGCUCCUCUAGUUUGUUUUCUUUUGUAACUCAAAUAAAAGGUUAAUUUGA